CGUUGAAUUCCACAAUUGGUCCAGUCUUAGAGGAAAUUAUUACUGGUUUCCAAGGGGUCUCAAUAAGAAUAUUCGAUAUUUCAAAAGUUCAAAUAUCCUACUAUAAUUUCAUAUUCGUUGCCAGUUAAAUUUAAAGGCAUUAAUUUACAACACUGUAAAGCGUCCGGUAGAGUCACAUAUGUACGCCGUACUGGUAUUGAUUUGGUAAUAAUUUCUUAUCGGAUUGGUUAUAGUUUAAUUCUGAGUGGGAGCGAUUUCAUUACCACAACAUUACUACGCCGUAACAAUCGAUAUUACCGAUGCCGGUAGAGUCAUAUAUGUACUCCGUCCGAUAAUAAUUCGUAAUGAUUCAAUACCAAUUGCCUAAGAGUGAACAAAUUAAUUCUAUACACCUCACCACGCGAAUAUUUCAUCAAGAAAUUUCAAAUGUUGGUAAGGUCUAACAUAAUAUUUGUUAUUCCAUGUAUGUAUAUACCUACAUUAAUUUCAAUCUGAAAUUUUUAAAUAAUUUUAAAAAUACGGCAUAACAUUUUCCUUCUUAAGCUGUAUUUGAACAAACAUUAAAUAAGUGACUAAAUUUUCUAUAGUUAUUUAGUUUAUCCUUCAGUUUCCGAUACAUAAAGAGCGACACACUCACAAAACAUGGAACCAAUGGAUAUUGAGCCAUCAAGCUCUACAAAAACUCGACGGAAACCUGCAAUCGUCCGAAAACAAAAUGAUGACAACCGAUAGACUCGUUUAGGCAACUUGGGAAUUAACUACUACGACUCGGAUGUAAUUGGUAAUGGUGCGACUGCAAUCGUGUACCGAGGAUUUUUCGAUGUCCCCGAGAAAAAGGCAGCCAUCAAACGGGUGUUUGUCCAGUAUUACGACGUGUUUGAAAACGAGCUUAAGAUCUGGAGCAGUGUCGAUGACAAUGUUAACAUAAUCCGUUGUUUCAAAUAUCUCAAGUGGGAAGAACCAACAGGUAUUAAUUUAUAUUUUGCGAUGGAAUUGGCAAACACGUCCCUGCAAAAUUUUGUAGAACAAAACCCACAAGAUUACGUCUCGAUAAAAAACUAUCUUCGCGAUGCGUGCAAAGGACUUAAGUGGUUGCAUGGGAAAAGAGUCAUUCACCGAGAUAUUAAGCCUGCAAAUAUUAUGAUUUUUGACAACGGAAUAGCCAAAUUGGGGGACUUUGGGAUAAGCAAGAAAAUUUCGUCAAUCACUGAAGGGACAAAUUCUAUGGGGAGGGGGACUGGCGAUUACUUGGCACCGGAAGUAAUAGAGGCGAUAGACACAAAACAAGCAUUUGUAAAUACCACCAGCCUUGAUAUUUUUUCAAUGGGACUCACAAUUCAUAACAGUUUGGCGCAGGGAAAUCAUAUUUUCGGUUCUGUAUUUAGAAGGCUUUUAAACAUUACAAGUGGUCGGAUGGACUGGUCAAAUCUUGUGGGGGGAGAUAUGGGGGUGAGAGCGAAAAGUUUAGUUAGUGCCAUGAUAAAAUACGAGGGGAAGGACAGACCAAAUAUCGAGGCGGUGCUAAACCACCCCUUUUUCUGGAAUUACAAAAAAGACUUGAGGUUCGUAAUGUCCUUGGCAAAAUCAUUCUCCGAUAAGAAUAUUCCUGAAAUUAAACAAAUUAAUAGCAAAUACAGCGACGAAAUGUCGAAAACAAUGAUGGAUGGAGACUGGCGGCAGUACAUUGAAGAUGCUUCAUUAGAACUUUUUACGGCAAAUCAUAAGAGAAAGUACAAAACUUCACGAAUAAUGGAGCUUGUUGCAUUAAUUAGAGAUAAAAAUGAACAUUAUUUAGAAUUAAAUACUCUUCUUUUGAUGGAUGACUUUUUUGGAGAAAAUGGAGAAUUUUCGGAUGAAAAAUAUAUUAAAUUCUUUACCAGCAAAGUUCCACACCUGAUUAUAUUUCUUUAUUGUACAAUGCAAAGUAUAAAGGUAAAAGGACGUUUCAAAUAUGACUAUUAUACUGACGAUAGAAAAAAUUUUACCAUGUUGACUUGAAAAUAUAUUUUAUACAUGCAUGU